AUGACUUCCCGCAAACGCAGCUCAGACGCCGCCGGAUCCACCGAGGCCCCGGAUUCCAAGAUCAAGAAAUCCAAAGUCAACACCACCAAUGGUCCUGCGGUCGGGAAGCCCAGCGCAAAGACCGAUUCAAAUGGAGAUCAGUACUGGGAGAUCUCCAAAAUGCGCCGGGUGACUGUCUCUGAGUUUCGGGGCAAGACGAUGGUCAGUGUGAGGGAGUAUUAUGAGAAGGAUGGGCAGGAGUUACCGGGGAAAAAGGGAAUCUCCAUGCCACUGGAGCAGUUCUCUGCUCUUAUCAAACUGCUGCCCGAGAUUGAACAAGUGGUACAGAAGCAGGGAUCGUCAUUGCCUCGACCUGUCUACUCGGGCGGUGCUUCCGACAGCAAUAAUGACGACCAAGACGACUCUGGGAGGACUGGAAGCCCCGCCAAGCAGAAUAUUGAGGCUACUAGUGACGAGGAAAGUGAAUCCUAA